AUGGUGGAACUGCACAUAAUUGUGUUUUGUUUUGACAGACAGAAAGAAGCCCUGAAAAAAAAGUUGGAAAACUUCUUUCCGAGUCAUCCAGAUGUAAAGGACAUCAAGAUCCUGGUAGCUGGAGAAAUUGCAGCAGGAAAGUCCAGCUUUAUUAACUCCAUCAAUAGUGCCUUUCAAGGACGCAUCUCCUCUAGAGCGCUAGUUAAUUCAGCUGCUGGCAACAGUCAUAGUUUCACACAAAAACUCAAAGGAUUCACCAUCAGAAGUGGGAAAAAAACUUUGCCCUUUGUCUUCAAGGACAUCAUGGGCUUGGAAUCUGAAACAUUGGCUGGGGCGCAAAUAGAAGACAUCAUCAAUGCUGUGUUUGGUCACGUGAAGGAGAGUUAUAAGUUCAACAAGGAGAAGGUACUUACUAAUGAGGAUCAACAUUACAACAGUGACCCUAACCUCUCCGACCGGUCUUUCUGCCUGGUUUACGACAUUGCCGCAAAUAUAGUCCAUUAUAUAGAUGAUCAACUUAUUGACAAGCUGAAGGACAUCCGCCAGAAAAUCAGUGAUAUGGGGAUUACUCAAGUGGUUGUCAUGACCAAAGUAGAUGAAGCAUGCCCACUGGUCAAAAAAGAUCUGAGAAAGAUGUACACUAGCAAGAAGAUCAAGGAGAAGAUGGAGUUGUGUAGUGCUAUUAUAGGUGUGCCAUUGACAAACAUCUUCCCAGUGAAGAACUACCAUGAUGAGAUUGACACAGAUGAUGACAUUGAUGUUCUGAUACUAAAGGCACUUGAACAGAUUGUUCAGCUUGCUGAUGAUAGAUUGGAGAAUGCUGAAAGCUACUGA